AUGCCAGUCCUCAUUACGAACGACGGCGCUUCCUUUACCAUCAUCUUCUCGGCCAAGGCUACACCUACACGGGAACGACUCACAACGGCCGUCAGCCAAGAAGCCGCCGAACCACCGGCGUCCCCCGAAGCCAUUUACUCACCACCCAAGACUGGCAUCAUCUCUUACCUGCCCUCAUCAUGGGUACCGUACGCCGAACUCAUCCGCAUGGAUAAGCCGGCGGGAACUUACUACCUUUUCUUUCCUUGUCUCUGGUCAACUCUCAUGGCCGCGCCACUGACAGCGCCUAUGGCAUCGCCGGGUUCAGUCGUCGGCACUUCUCUGCUCUUCUUCUCGGGAGCCUUCAUCAUGCGCAGUGCCGGUUGCAGCAUUAAUGAUCUUUGGGAUCGCAAUCUCGACCCUCACGUCACGAGAACCAAGUUCCGUCCCAUCGCACGGGGCGCCCUCACCCCUUUUCAAGGACUCGCUUUCACCGGCGCCCAGUUGCUGGCCGGUCUAGGGAUCCUCCUCCAAUUCCCGACCUCCUGUCUCUUCUACGGCAUCCCGAGUCUGCUCCUCGUCGCCUCAUACCCCCUGGCCAAGCGGGUCACGUACUACCCUCAGGCCGUGCUGGGACUGACCUUCUCCUGGGGCGCGAUGAUGGGCUUCCCCGCCUUGGGUGUCGACCUGCUCUCUAACAGCGCGGCGCUGACGGCUGCAGCAUGCCUCUACUCCUCAAAUGUCGCCUGGACGAUUCUGUACGACAUGGUCUACGCCCACAUGGAUAUCAAGGAUGAUGCCAAGGCGGGCAUUAAGAGCAUCGCUCUGAAGCAUGACGCCGAGACCAAGCAAGUCCUGACAGGGCUGGCCGCGGUUCAGCUCAGUCUUCUCAGUGCUGCUGGGUUUGCCGUGGGCGCUGGGCCGGCCUUCUUCAUCGGCAGCGUCGGUGGAGCAGCAGUGACUCUUGGCGUUAUGAUCAAACGCGUCAACCUGAAGAGCGUCAAGGACUGCUGGUGGUGGUUUAUCAAUGGCUGCUGGAUCACUGGCGGCGUUGUCAGCCUAGGUCUUGCGACCGAUUACACUCUUAGAUACGUUCGAGAGGAAAGUGAAGACAUCGAAAGCCAGUAA